UUGCAAUGUUUCUUAGCUAAGAUCAGGAACUUCUAUGUAAAGUCUGGCGUAUGACAACAGGUUUUGCUGCCAGGGUAAUGUCCUUGAUGCUGCUGUAUAAACAUCUUUAUGACCACCAUUUCGGGGGUUGAGAGCCCACUCCCCCUCUAAUCUCCGCCUCACUUGUCUGUAUAUCAUUAUCCAAAGUCAGUGAUCACACAUAAUAGCUGUAACAAAACUCAGUUUAAAGCGAGGCCACCACACCUAGCAGCUGUGCCCUGCAAUAAGGACCUCACAAUUUGGAGGUUACAAUCCCUGGGAGGUUAUUUUCACCGACGGAGACACAAUAACUUUGAAGAUUCAACACAAGGAAGGAAAUGGGCCUCUUGAGCGGAGUCCUCGCCUUAGAGUACAUCAGUGGGCAUGUGUUGUCCAUCGUCUCCCCUCUCUCUCUUUCUCUCCCUCUGGUAGCUAUCCUUGCCCCAUGGUGUUAGAGAGUGGUUUUGAGUGUUUGGCAGGUUAAAUUUAGCCUAUUGAUGUAAGCUGCAUUCCAUUCACAACAGACACAGGGACACACUCACAGUUUGGCUUUAGUGUCCGGGAGUGUGAAGAUCAGGGAAGAUCAAACUACCUCCUGGAGGUUGACCCCUGAGCUCCGUGUCUCCCCUUCAAGGAUACAGGUGGCACACUAGGGAUACCAGCACAGCACUACUGCGUUCUGCCAACCUUGCCAAACGCCAAAAUGUCACAAUUCUGUACAAUGCCAACUGGGGAGAGGAAGAAGCGCGCAGCAGCUAUUUGCCGAGAGGUCCAUGGCACCAAUGGUGACGUUAUGGAUCUGGGAAAGAAGCUCAGCACCCCUAAAGACAUUAUGUUGGAGGAGUUGUCAUUGCUUUCCAACAGAGGGUCCCGUCUUUUCAAAAUGCGCCAGAGGAGAUCUGAAAAAUACACAUUUGAAAGUAUCCAAAAUGAGGCAAACACACUGCUGAAUAAUGAUAUUUUAGCUCUGAAUGCAAACACUGUGGAAAUUAAAGUGGAUGCACCAACUGAUGGCACUGGUGCUACACCAGAAAUCACUAUUUCAGACAUGUCUGCAGAGAAUUCAAGUGCCACAGCUAUGCAUAAGUCCUACCACUCCCCAUGGGACCAGGCAAUCCUCAUGGACCCCAGCCUCGCCGAAACUAUUAAACUGGAAAUGUCAGCACCAGAUCCAAAACAAGACCUUCCUGAGUUCAAAAGCUUUAACCGGGUCGCCACUCCUUUUGGAGGCUUCGACAAAGCUCCCAGAGGAAUCACAUUCAAGCUCCCAGAGUUGGACCUGAACCCGCCCAAGUACCCAGAGCUGCAGGAGCCCGGGGUGAAGAGACCCACCUUCAACCGGACGGCCUUGGGGUGGAUAUCUGAGGGCACCCAUCUGAUCCUCCCAACUGUCACACUGGAGCCCAUCCCAGUCCCCGAAUCGGAUGACCUGUAGUGGUGUUUCUGUUGGUAACCUGGCAACAGGAUGUGGCUGUAGUAUAUUGGCCAUGCUGUAACGACGGCAAAAUGUUAUUUUAGUAGCACUGUCACAAUUCCCUAUCAAUGUGUUGGAUUUUUUUCCCCAAUAGACACGAUGUUUCAUGCAUUUGUUGACUUGUGUGUUUGGUGUGCACUUAAACUGUAUUUAAAGUAAAUCAUGUAAAUAGCUAAAUGAACGGGCUAUACAUAACUCAAGGUGUUUAAGGGUUUCCACUCAUAGUGAAAGCAAAACUGUAAAUGUUAAAAAUGUAACGAUGACCUGUUGAAUAUGUAAUGUAAAUAAAGAAUGUACCUUAUUUAUUGAUGGUACACAACUGGAA